CCAAGCAGUGCAAUUUGUAGUGCCCAGAACAUUGACAAACAACCCUCAGACUGUUCAGCAUGAUGAUGUACAAGAGAAAACUGUCAUCAAAAUAAGCCUGGGUUUCAGAAGUGCUAUGGAAGGAUAUUUCCUCCAUCUACUAAUCCAAAAGUAAAUGAGGAACUUAGGAAAAGAUUUCCAACUCCAAAUCAACACAGUUACAUGGAAUUGAAAAAGAAUCGUACAGCUUCAUUUGAGGGAUUCUUUUAAGGAUCUCAGUGUUCUGCAAUAUGAGCUCUGAAAUCUUCAAGCAAAAACUGGACUCAGUGCCAGAUCAAACAAGUUCAGAAGAACAAAUGGAGAACUGGUCAAAAGGAACACAUAUCCUGGAACAGAAAAAAGAAGACUUUUGUGUUGAGUUUCAGUUUCAUCAGAAUUCUCAAAAAAGCCCAGAAUUUUUCAUCCACGCAGAGGGUGAAGUGCUGAAAACUUCAGAUUUUCCAGUAACCAGUCAAAGAGGAGCCCAAAAUUAUUGUCAUUCCAGUCCUGAAGAAUCAAGAAACAUAGAAAAAAUGGCUAACAGAAUGGUCCCUGAAUUUAUAUCCUUAUGGAAGGAUGCUGAAGAUUUAGGUGGAAAAACAGAAACUGCAUUCCUUUUGAAAGAAUUGGACACUCUGAGAGCCAAAAAUAAAAAGCUUCAAGAUAAGCUAUCUGAAAAGGACAAGGAGCUGAAGACAAUAAAACUGGACUUAGAGCUGCAAGAGAGAGCUACAGAAGCUAAGAUUGCAGAAAAGGUUGCAGUUCUGGUGGAAGAAGUUUAUUCUGCUCAACGGGAACGUGAUGAGGCUGUCAUGGCAAGGCUUAGGUUAGCCAAUGAAGAGAGAGAUGAAGCAUUUCUACGUAUCCAGCAUUUAGAGGCGUCUCUCAAAGAGCUAGAAAAUAUUAACCCUGAAGAAAAUGACAUGACAUUACAGGAAUUACUGAACAGAAUAAACAAUGCAGACACAGGGAUUGAUAUACUGAAGAAUGGAGCUAUAAUUCUGAAUCGAAUACACAGGACCAAAGAACGUAAAAAGAAAAUAAUAGCUGAGGAAAUGAAUGCGGUAAUAGAACAACGGGAUGCUGCUUUGUCUCAAUGCAAACGGCUGGAGCAGGAGCUUCAUCAUCUGAAAGAGCAGAACCAGACUUCAGCAAACAACACGAGACAUCUGACUGCUGAAAACAAUCAAGAACGUGCUCUGAAGGCAGAAUUGACAGCCUUGCAACAAGAAAAAGAGGCUGCUCUUCAACAGUGCAAAAAAUUAGAAGAAGAAAUCCAGACAUUGCGCGUUUAUUACAGCUUAUACAAAUCUGUGUCUGAAGGAAUGAGUCUGAAGGACCAGCUUAACUGUACUUUUGGUACUUCUGAUUGUGGGCUGCAAGGCAGGGAGGAUGUUGUGACCCUUACCUAUCACCAGAUUGAAGAUCUGGCAGCUCAGCUGCAGCAAGCUCAGUCAGAGCAAAAGGAGACAGAGCUGAAGCUCCAGAAAGCCCUGGUGGCUUCACAAGAGGCCAAUGAAAAAGUUCAGAAGUUGGAAAGGCUGGUGGAUGUCCUGAGGAAGAAGGUUGGAGCGGGGACCAUUAGGACCGUGAUCUGAUUGAAAGCUCUAGUCUAAGGAAGCAUUCACAUCUGGUGACCAGGCUGCUUCAUUCAGCACUGUGUAAACACUAAAGCCUUAACUUAGCAAACAGUUGUUAGAAGUGGGACACUCCAGCGACAUUCCAAGCUGAGAUAAAAUCAAAUCAUAAAUGUUUAACUACUUUGCUGCUGAGUUCUGUGAUUUGUUGAAAUGUUUUACUGCAAACAUAUAUUUGUUUUUAAGCAGAUGCAUUGUGGCACUGUGUACCUUGAAAAAUUAUGUAGAUGCUCAUUUUAACAGUCUGUCCUCUCAGUGUUUCUAGACUGCAAGACACAGCUUGAUCAUGUUUUCAAUACUGCAGGCUUCAGGUGCAAAAUCCUGCAAAGUGGUUUCAAAAUUUAAAUCCCUUCUAUUAUUUGUGAGACUGCAAACAGUCCAGUAUUUGUAUGUUAAUUAUAUUAAUUGAUAAAGUAGGUUCACAUUCAAGAAAUAUCUCUGGGUAAUUUAUGGGAGAUUUUUUCCUCCUUAUAGCCCUUUGAAUUACAGCUGGUGACUGUGGCUACAUCUAAGGGAAGGAUACGUGUAUAGCUUUAUGUAACAGUUGAAUAGCUACUGCUAGUACAUGGCAUUUUGAGCAUAUAUUAAAAAGAAAUGUACAGUUAGGUUUCACUGGAGGUACAGCUCCAUAAAUUGCAACAUGAAAGCCUUGUGUACAGUAUCUCAGACAGUGGGAAAGAUUUUCUGUAUUGUUUUUAGUCACUCCUCUGUCCUUUCCUAUGAGGGAAAAUCUCUCAAAUAUUCAGAAACCACCAUACAGAGUCAAAAUUCGCCUCUUCAGUGUAAAGUGGGUCCCUCAUCCAUUUCCUACAAGACUUUUUGCCUGCUUCUUCUAGAGCUCUGAUUGCUCUAGAGUGCAGGAGUCCAGGUUGGGUUUGAGGCCAGACUGCCAGCCCUCUGCUUUGUGUACUCCUGAAGUGUCCUAGGACUGAACUCAAAGGGUGAAGGAUAGACUCCUACAGGGAGAGGAGAAAUUGAGGGGUGAGGAGGAAAAUCUGGGAUACACAGACAUUAUAGACCUUACAGAUAGAGGAGAAUUUAACCUAUAUUUUUAUUUGUGACCCAAACAUCUCCCUUUAUUUGGUAUGUCUGUCACAUGACCAAAGGUGAGCAUAAAGGUCAGGUCAGUGCUUGUAAACCUGCUCAAGAAGGCAGUUGUAAUCACUAAGCAGCCCAAAUUCAUAAUGAAUCUGAGGAGCAAUGUGGACUUUAAGCUAUUCCCAGGACCAGCCCUCUCAGACAGAAUGGAUGUAGCUCCUAAGGCUUCCACUUGCCUACUCUGCUUUAUAUUUAAUGUUGUUAUGCUCUUCCCUCUUAAUGUUUGCUUGUGCAGAUGUCAUGAUAUGGCAGUCUAGCUGAAGAAAACAACAUUUUUAUUAUGGAUAGGGGGAGACAUUUCAAUGCCUGGCUUUCCUUUCAAGCACUUCCAUGUUAAACUUUCAAUCACCUGCAGACCUAAGCUCCUAAGGUCCAUCAACCAAACCUAGCCCCUUGCAGAGAGAUGACUAACAUUCCUCCAAGACAAAUUUACCCAACUCAUUUCUAGAAACUUCUGAAGUGCUUCUUUUUGAUCUUUGGUUGAUCCUAACCCAGCCAGUGAGUCUGGAGUCUCUCCCCCAUGCCUAUUCACUAUGAAGAAAAUGUAAUGCUCCCAGACCGAAGGACCAUCACCCCCCAGCUCCUAGCCCCUUCACUAUCUCCCGUGAGGUGCUGUCCAGCACUUGGGCAGCUCAGUUGCUCUUUUUCCUACUGUCCUCAUUGAGUUUUAAGGAGCUAAGUGAAAGACAAGAUCUCCUGAGCUGCCAGUGCUGUUGAACCAUUUCUGCUCUAGGAAGGUAGUGAAGAGGGAAUAAAAAUAAAAAUUUAAGGACUACCAUAAUGUGCUAAACCAAAGUCCAGCUAGCCCAAAGACUGCCUUUGGCAAUAACCAGUAGAAGAUGCCUAGGAAAGAGUUUAAAGUCAGGUCAGCACCAGUAACCUUUCUGCAAAAUGGUCUCCCAGCAAUUUGUUAUUUAGAGGCUUUCUGACACAGAGGUGGUAUCUUUGUAUUUAGCAGCAUUUUUCAUGACCUGUUUUUGAAUCCAUUUGAACUUUUAGUAUCUACUUGUCUUGAGGACUUAUGCAGUUAAUGAUGCACUGAGUGAAGAAAUAUUUCCUUUUCUUUGUUAUUAACCAGCUCUAUUCAUUUGCUAUCACCUCGCUUUUAUAUUAUAGAAACAGUGAAUAACCAUUCCCUGCUCAUAUUGCUUCCAUGUCCCUUGUGACUUUAGGUAUCCUUCUCCCACCAUCUCUUUUCCAGAGAGAACCCCUAGUCUCUUGUAAAGAAGUUGUCUCAUGUUUUUAUUUGGCCUUGUCAUGCCAAUCUAUUUCUUUUCUAGUUCUGCAGUGUUUUUACUGAGAUACAACCAGAUUUGUGCCUGGUACUCAAGAUGGAGACAAAUUGUGACUUUAACAGUUGUCACAAUGAUGUUGUCUGGUUUUAUUCUCUAUGCUCUUUGUAAUCAUUUUUAGCAUUGGAUUUGCUUUAUGACAGAUGAUUUAUUGGAAUUAAUAUUUCUGUAAUAAUAACAACUCUAGAUCUCAUUCCUGAGUUAUAAUGUUCAGCUCAGAGUUCAUCAUAGGGUGUAUGAAGACAGAACUGUUAUCUGAAUGUGUAACUUUGCAUUUAUGGGUACUGAAUAUCAUCUGUUGUUUUAGCAUGCAUUUCCUGGUGACUGUGAGCUCCUGUUCCAUCUCUUCUCACAGCUCAUCUUUACUACUCACAGUUACAGGGUAUCAUCAGCAUCUCCAUGCUGCAUAUGGUAAUAUGAAAUACAACCAUCUCCAAAUUAAACCCCUUUUCAAGCUGAUUUCUUAGUUAAAUUGAACACUGUGGGCUGUGGACAAACAUACCUGUAGGACAAUAAGGUAACUUUCCUCCACUGUGAAAAUGAUACAUUUAUUCUUACCCAUUGUUUGAAUCUAACUUUGAACUACUUACUUUUCAGUGUAAAAGUCUUCCCUCUUACUCCUUGGCAGCUUUGAUGAGGAUGCUUGUUUGCUACUUUGGAAAUACAAGUUUGCUAAAUCAGGGCUUGUUUUCCAUGCAUGAAUGUGUUAAGUUCCUCCUUCCCCUAGGAGUAUCAAGAGCUUCUCACUUCCCUCAAUUCUUUCUGCCUCUGAUCUAAUAAUCUUGUGAGUGCAGGUUUCAUACAAGACUGUUUGACCUCCAGCCUCUUGGGUCCUCUGGCUUUGUUUGGGAAAGUAGGAUUGGCCAGGCAAAAGCCAUCUAGCAGGUUUGAUGUCAGAUACAUCUGGUUGUGGGUAAUACUUGAUUCAAUAAAAUUAGGUGAUAAUUUUGCUUCAUAAUUUUCCUUUUGACACACUGUACCUCAGGUGAAAAAGUAUUUCCUGAGUCUGUCAUGUCUUGCAGCAAGUAGCCUGAAAGUCAGUGGGCUUUUUAGUUAGGGAGUUUAUAGGCCUGUAGAUAAAUUACUUUGAAUCAUAAUUAAAUUAGGUGUUGAUUUUUCAAAUUCAACUAGAAGUGUUUGUCUUCUUUGAAAAGGACCUUGGGAAAUUUACUGCACUGAGAGGCGAAGAUUCAGAAAUGGUUGGGUUCUCACUCUUCCUUGCUAACAACCUGGUGUGUGGUCUUUGGCAAAUCCUUUAGUGACAGUCAUAAAAGGCAUUCAGCCCCUGAAGAGGUGCCUAGGCUCCUUGGGAGAGUUUGCAAAAGCAUCUGUGUGGCUAAUGUCAAAACACUUUAGCUUCUUCACCAGCUGAAGUGAACAGCAAAAGUCACACAGGUCUGGUAAUGCAGGCCCAGCCUUCAGUACCCUCGGGUGAAUUUCUGGCCCCAUUGAACCCAGUCUGAGUUUUGCUUUUCAGGGUAAGGAGGGCAGGAAUUCUGGUCUGGCAAGUAAAAACAGGUGAUAAUGAUAACACAGGUUAAUUGACUUUUAUCGUAUGGUUUAUUCAUUGAGAACUGAUUGAUGACUGUUCAGAGUUCUGAAAGUGAAAAGAAGCCUGCCCCUAUACAGCAAACAAAUGCAAUUGUCACUUCUGUUCUAAUUUAUGAGAGAAGGAUGAGAUUGCCUCAGAUUACGUACCAGGAGUAGCAAUUCAUUUGCCUCCCGAUGGAACAGCAGCUCAUGAUGAAAGGUGGCUCACCAUAGGCAAUGCUUAUGGUGACAGUUGUAAUUACGGGUCAAAUUAGUGUCCCUGCUGUCUUGAGAUACUCAGAAACGUCCUUCCCCUGUGAGAUUUUGUGUAUUUCUCUUGAUGAUCCUGCAGCAUGUUAUUCAUUGGGAGCCAUUUUGGUAUGUGCCAGGGUAAAAUAUGUAAAUACCGUCAUGUUGGCUCGGGAUAAGAGCGUUAUUAAUGCUUUUCGGCACUGUAAUUAUAUUCAUAGUAAGCCUUCCCUAAGCCCUCACUAAUUAACAAUAUUGUGACAAAUCAACUUUAACAGAAAAGAACUGUGAACCUUUAGUCAUUUAGUACUGUUUUUCAUUCAGCCCACAGCCCAAAAUUGGUGGCAUGGUUUUCUGUACUAGUGUUGGGAAAACCGCUGAUAUUUGAAAAGUUCUAAGCCACCUCAGUCUUGUCAGUGGAAUCCUGUAGAUUAAAUCGGUUUGGUUCCUCUUUGAAUAUAUUCACAGGAAAAUAAGAUUCAUAAGUUAAUCAUUAAUCUAGGGGAAUAUUAAAACUGCCAUCAUAUUGAAAUAGUCUAGUAAUGUCAGUAUGUUGUCAUAGGUGCAAUUAUUUAUUGCAAAUUACAGGAUGUUUUACAAUAUACCUUAAUUUUCAGAGUAAAUGGCUUUAUAAAUAUUCUUAUUGGGUGAUCAAGAAUUGUAACAUCUUUAAUCAACAUACACAAAUGAACUUGCUAUCUAAAUGUCACGAUUUCUCUGUGCCUUUAUUUUCUUAAUUUGUAAUCAUUCCAGAUGAAGGCUGUUAGUUUGUUUGUUUUGGGUUUUUUUUUAAAUUUGUACCCCAGAAGAUUUUCCUCCCAUGCAAGAAUAAACUGUGAGGCACAUGAAAUCGGUGACUGGCAGUUUCUCUGAUACUGUGCUUGCUGUGAUCGCAGCGUUACAUGUACUGACUCUUAUCGCUGUACCAUUUCACAUCAGGUCUGCAGAACUGGACUUUCUCUUGUUUGUUCUUCUCAUGCAUUGGUAAAUAAAAUGUAUUCACAAGUCCAAAAAACCAAAGUGGUGUUCUCAUAUUAGGUUGAUUAUAAGUCAGCUGUUGAGCUUCAGUGGUCUAAACAUUUCAUUCUUCAGUUUUGUUGGGAGCACACGUGUUCUGUGAGGCUUUUAAACAAAUACUUGAAAUGGUUGAAAGAUUUACAUUGCCAGUGCCUAGCUAAAUAUGUAGUCUUUAGAAAAGACAUGGUUUAUUUUGGCACCAUUUGAAAAACUCAACUAUUUUAAACAUUUGUUAAGUUCAAGCUUGCACAUUUGAACUAAAAGUUUGCAUUCCAAAAUUGCAUCUCGGGUUACCUGUCUCUCUCUCUUUUGUAUUUUAUAAUCCCUUUAUUAAAAUAGUCCACAAAAGGA